CGGUAGGCAGUGCCCCGCGUGCAGGGCGCCGCGGGCGGGGCGGGCGGCCGCUGCUCCGCCAGGCUGCUCCGCGGGGCGGGGCGGAGCAGAGGAGCGCCCGGCAUGUCGCAAGGGCUCCUGACCGACAGUAGCGUCCUGCAGAGGAGCGUCGCGGCGCCUGGGAAUCAGCCGCAGCCGCAGAGUCCUGAGGAUGAUGACAGGAAGGUCCGAAGGAGAGAAAAAAACCGAGUUGCUGCUCAGAGAAGUCGGAAGAAGCAGACCCAGAAGGCUGACAAACUCCACGAGGAGUACGAGUGCCUGGAGCAGGAAAACACCAUGCUGCGGAAGGAGAUCGGGAAGCUGACGGAGGAGCUGCGGCACCUGAGCGAGGCGCUGAAGGAGCACGAGAAGAUGUGCCCGCUGCUGCUCUGCCCCAUGAACUUUGUGCAGGUGCCUCGGCCGGACCCAGUGGCCAGCUGUCUACCGCGAUGAAGCCCGAGGACGCUCCUCCUCUGCUGGGCGAGGAGCCUUGAUCAUUUCCACACCUGGGGGAAGAGGUUCCCUCUGCGUCUGUGUGCAGGGUCACCUGUGGCCAGAAGCUCCAGGGCCAGUCGUGGCCUCCGCAGCCAGGCUCAGGGUGGCAACCUGUAGGCACCUGACUCUUCGUCCUGGAGCAGCAAGCAGAAAGGCCACCAGCUGAAAGGCCACCCU